GGAAAAAAAUUGUGAAACAGACAAAAUUUAUACGUAAAUUGCUUUUAUUUGCCGCUUGAAACAUCUUACCAGCAAUAGAGAGCCACAGGAGCCAUAAGCGAGCACCCAAAUAGCCGUAAAACAAGGUAUUCAAUAUGAAUUGGUUCUCCGGCAGCAUUGCGGAUGCGGUGUCCGCUUCCAGAACAAACAACGCAAUAUUUGUCGUUUAUAUUGAAGGUCAAGAUGAGAUGUCGGCGAGAUUGCAGCGAUUUGUGGAUGACGAUCGAGUCCGCACCAAACUGGAAUCAGACGAUUUCGUAGCCAUUAAAAUUAAAGGCGAAAGUACGGAGUAUCAUCAGUUUAGAACGCUCUAUCAAGUAGUUCCCGUACCUUCAAUCUUCUUUAUUGGCAAGGCGGGCACGCCCCUAAUAAUUGCUACUGGUGUAGUAGCCAGCGUUGAGGAGCUGGUCGAUAAAGUCAACACAGCGUUGACAACCUAUGGCAAACUGACAGCACCGCGUGCUCCACCGAUCAGCAAUUCGACGUAUGAUUUAGAUUCACUUCCCGCUGGCAUUGGCGUUGAGUUGCGCAAUGAGGCCGGCGCUGAAGAUGAAGACGAUGGGGACAAGCCGCAGAAGUCGGCGAGCAGGUCAAGACGCAAGUCCGCCGAAAGGAAGCCAUUAGCGGAGAAUGCGGCGGCGGAGAAUCCGACCGAGGACCAGCCAGCAACUUCCCCAGAAACAAACACACGACCAUCUUCGGUGACGCUGCCAGCAGGCAUUAAGCCUUCCAGUCCGGUGGUAGCAGCAGACUCGAAGCCCUCUACUUCGGCUGUAGCUGCAGCCGCAGCGGCAGCUGAUAAACAAGGCACUCCGCCAGCUUUGGAGAAACCAAUUGUUACUGCGAUAUCCACAGCGACAACGGCAGAGAAGGCGGCGCAAAGGAAGCAAUCCAAAUCAGCAGUGGUUAUAUCAGAGCCAAAGCCUUCAAGUCCACCAGUGGGGGCUGCAGAGCCAAAUUCUGUAACAGCCGACGACAAACCAACGGAUCGUCCCCUCUCUUCAGCAGCUGCAGCUGCUGAGAAGCGCGCGGCUUUAGCAGCAGCGGGUACCAAUAAAGUCGAAGCCUCUCCCGAUGCAGCACCGGACACAAGCACUGUCAUUAAGCCACCACAAGCCAUGGGUCCUGGUCCAGAUGUGCCGCCUCCAGCACCACCACUACCACGUCCCCCAGGCGUGUCGACUGUGUUGCCACCAAUUUCGCCGCCAGUGAUUACACCGUUGCCCAAUUCGACGGGCACCGGCGCCACCAUGGUACCAACUGUGCCCAAUGUGGCCAACGCACCAAAUGUAGCCAACUCAGCACUCACAGACUCUGAGAUGCGCAUGGUCGAGGUGCAGAAAAUACUCGAGGAGAAGAAGCGCGAGCGACAGGAGGAGGAGCAGCGUCGCGAAAAGGAGAACGAGUUGCGCCGUCGUCGUGAGGCACGUGAAGCCCAGAACGCCCAAAAUUUGCUAAGGGAGCAGGAAAUGAAAAAUAUGCAGGAGCGCAUACGUCGCGACCGCCAGGAGGAGCAGGAGACCCGUGAACGCAUACGCGCACAAAUAGCCGCCGACCGUGCUGAGAAUGCUCGUCGCAAUAUGCUGACCAGCGAGGCCAUAAGUGUGACCACAAACACCACAUCAGGCGCGGGCUUCACCACAGACUCCUCGCUGAGUUCCGUGAAUGAGACGCGUCUGCAGAUCCGCCUGCCAGGCGGCAUUCAUCGCACCAAAGCAUUCCCGGCGAGUGAGCCGCUGACAACGGUCCGUGACUACGUCCAGCGUGAACUCAUCGCUGGCAGCAAUAUACGGGAAUUCUAUUUGGCCACCAGCUAUCCGCGUCGCGAAUUCAAGCUGGAGGAUGAGGCAAAGACCCUGACCGAAUUGAAUCUUGUGCCCAAUGCCGUGGUCCUUGUUCUAACUCGCGAGCAGAACCAACGCGUGAUGCCAACUAGCACCUCGCUCCUUAACAUGCUGACCACCGUCAUGUGGGCCAUGAUAACGCCGGCUGCCAAGGCCUUCGACUACAUCAACAAAAUGGGAUUCUAUCGGGUGACACAACGCAUUGCGCAGACAUUCUCAAACCUUGGCUGGAACAAGCAGCAACCCAAUGUUGUGCUCAUCCAGAGUAAUGCUCGUGGUCGUCGCAACAUGGACGUUUUUGUGAUGUCGCGAGCACCGCCCCAGCCCGGACUGCCCCCACAGCCACAGGCUAAUACGGCAGCCACCAAUAUGCAGCAUACUCAGGCUAUGCCUAUGCCCGGCCAAGUGAAUCAGCAGACACCGAUUCGUCCCAGUUCGCCGCAGGAUUCGCCUCCGGAACAGCCGCAAAUGGUGCCUGCAGUGCAGCAACAGCCUCGCCCAGGCGGAGGGCCGUCUCCACAGCCGACGGCUAACCAGCAGGCGCUGCCAUCGCAGCAGUUCCAGCAACGCCAGGGAGGGUAUCAACCGCCCCGGUAUGGCGAGGCCAAUAUACGUCGUCUGCAGGACACCAAGAAGGACGAGGAGGACAAGGCCACCUAUAAUGGCAAUUCCACACAGCAGCAGUAAAAUCGCGGGCUUACGGCAAUAUAAUUAAAACUAUUCUAUUCUAUAUAGCACAUUCGCAACAUAAAAUUUUACAGCUUUAAAUUAUUAUUAUUAUCAAUUCCUAAGGAUUAUGGCAAAAUAAAUUGCAUUACAAAUUAUAUCAAA